AUGUCCAAAAACGAGGACGAAGAUGCAUCAGAACUCAAAUUUGGGGAGGAUUUUGAGAAGGCCAAAUGUUUAAUGAACUGUGAAGUUGCCCUUCUCUUAGAGCACAAAUUGGAGCAGUUCAAACAAAUGUCUGGUGAUUCAAAUAAUCAUACGCCCCAAGUGUUUGAGAAGUCUCUGCAGUAUGUCAAACGCUUCAGCCGCUUCAGUAAUCAAGACGCUGUGAAGCAAGUUCGAGAAGUUCUGAGCAGAUAUCAGCUCGCUGAGUACGAGCUUGCUGUGCUUGGGAAUUUAUGCCCUGAAACUGUGGAGGAAGCUAUAAGUGUUAUUCCAACUCUUAAGGCUAAAGGUCGACUUGAUGCAGAUGCAAUUGAGAAGUUGCUGAAUGAUCUUUUAAUGAUCAAAAAGUUUGAAUGA